AUGUUCAACGACCCCCAAUCAAAGCGAUCACAUGAAAGUCCUAUGGACUUUGAAUGGUCAGGCCAGGCGCCUGUCGAUCACAACUCCCCUUUUUUGAAGCGACCACAACCGCAAGACGGAUUUGGAUUUGGAUUUGGAUCUGGAUCCAAUACAUCUUUCGGUGGAGCAUCAUCGGCUCCCGCACCUCCGUUUCGUAAUCCCCAAUUCACCACUCCUCGGAAGCCAUUCAACGAAGAUCAAUUCUCGGAAAUGUCUGGUGUCGAGUCGUCGCCCGCAGAUACCGCAGACGAAGACACACCCGAUCCUCCUCGAAGAACCCAGGCGAGCGGGUUGGGUGCUGUGCGUCCGGCUCCCAUAUUCGGAAGAUAUGGCGCUGAAUUCGCGGGUAGCAGUCCUGGAAGGGCAGACCGACGAGGGGGCAAAUUCGGAGCCGGCAUUGCGCAGAAGUUGCGAAAGCGAAAGCGGAUCGAGCGAGAUUCCGACGUACUAAUCAAAGGUUACCACCACGAUGGUGAUAACGAAUCAGAGGACAGUGAGAGCCAACCCAAAAGCAGAGGUCCGAAGUCUUCAAAGCAGAGACCAGUGACACCCCAGCCAGGCUUCUUCGCAUCAAUAUUCGACUACAUUCACAAUCACCCCAAUCUCCCCAACAUCCUUUCCUACUACGCCCACCUCGGCCUCAACGUUUUCAUCGUGUUUAUCACCAUCAUCGGGAUCUGGACCAUGUAUACCACCGUCCAGGCCGAUGUUGAAAAAGCCUCUCAGAAAGAACGAGGGAUUUUGAUGGCCGGUAUCGCAAAGUGCGCCCAAGACUACGUGAUCAACCGGUGCGGUGCCGAUCAGCGUGUACCAGCGCUGGAACACACAUGCAAAGAAUGGGAACUCUGCAUGAAUCGGGAUCCGAAAAGCAUUGGACGGGCGCAGGUCGGCGCGCAAACGUAUGCGCAGAUCUUCAAUAGCUUUAUUGAGCCGAUAAGUUAUAAAGCUAUGAUCUUCGUCGUCAUUAUAGUCGCAGUGUACACUCUGGGAAACAACUACGCCUUUAGCCAACUCCGCUCCAAAAACCAGCACCAUCCCAUGUCUAUGCCACAGCAAAACCCUUACUUCCCUCCUCCGCAAACCCAGCAGCGGUUCCACUGGGGCGCGUUACCGCAGACACCGCAGCACAAUAGUCUCGGCUACGAUUUGUACGGCGCGCAGACGCACCUCCCAAUCAUGCCAAGCCAGACGCCCGGCCCGGGACAGCGCAGUCCGAGUAAGGGAAACCGGAGCCCGAGCAAGGGAUAUCAAGGACAGGAGUCCGAGCAAGGGGAGUAG